AUGGCGGAAUCGGCAGAAGAAGAGAUCGAUGUCGAAGAUAUUUCCGAUUGUCAGCAAAUAUCAAAUUUAAAAGACUUGGCUGACGACGAUCAUAAAGAUAAGUGGUAUGAUAAGGACGCUAGCAAUCAGAGUUUUCUUAACCCUUCUGGAAGCCCAUUCUCUUCGGAAUAUUGCGAUCCAAAUUCGUGGCUUUUAGACACAAACUCGGUUUGGUCCUUGGAUUCUUGUACUGAUGACAAGAGUCGCUUGGCUAUUGAGAAAAUGAUUCUGGAAGAACAAAUGUAUGCUUACAGGUCAACACCAGUAAAACUGGAAGAAACACCACCAGGGGAGAAGAAAAGGCAAACUUGUGUUGGAAGGAAUUCAGAUUCAAAUGUAAAAAAAGGCAUCACCAAGGUGAACCUCAAAAGGGAGCAACCUUCAGCAACUCACAGAAAACCCUGGACAGUUGAGGAACAGGAACUUUUCGAACAAGGAUUGGAAUUGUAUGGCCGAAGUUGGACAAAGAUAGCAAGCAUGAUCGAAACUCGUACGGCUCUACAAGUGAAAAACUACGCCAAGCAGUAUUUUAAACAAAAGAAUAAGACACUUGCGCAGUCAGUAGCAGCGAAAGAAGAGCAGUCCAAUGAAACAAUUUUCGUCUCUGAGGUACAAAUACAGCAAGUCCUAGAUGACAACAUCAUUUCAGAGGACGAUCAAGUGAUUCAAUCGACAGCUGUCCUUCCUUCUGUUGUCGAGGAAAAAGCGCAGAAUGAAUCUGAUGACGAAGACAUCGAGGUGGACGUGGACGGAUCUGAUAGCGAACAGUCAGACAUUCACUUAAUUCCCGGUCAAACAACAUCAUGUCCCGAUGCUGUUUAUUCAGCCCUUGUUCGCGCUGCGGAAGUGGAAAACCAACAGAUUAGUUUGGAAGAGAAUCCUGCCAAUAUUCCGCCAGAGAGUAUCUCGCCGAACACUUCGAAAACAGAGGCCAGCAUCUCUGCUAUCGAUGAGAGAAGUUCUCCGAAUGUGGAUAAAAAAUCGCUCUCUGAAAAUAGAGCAUCUUCGUCUCUAUCAAACUCAUGCCUAGAAACGGCUUCUUUAAACAAAACUAUACUAAAAGAAAGGAUGACCCAUGAUGGUCGAUGCUAUGGUGUGGAAUAUGGAAACCAUUUGCUAAAUGAAUGCGAAGAACAAUCAUUUUCUGAGAAGCAGUGUUUUCCAGACCGACUCGCUAAGAGCUUGAAAGUAAUUGCGGAAAACGAUAGUGUUCAAAAUGAAAAUACAGGCCCCUAUUCUCGAGAGCCAGUCGCACGUGAAAAAUCCAGCGAUGUAUCUGAUAGCGGACUGAACACUGCAUUACCUUCGAUGGAUGACAUAGAAUGGAUAGCAGCGACAAGUAGCGAAGUGACCAGCUCUGAGUUGAUAGACUCUUUAGAACGAGAGCAGCCUGGGGCUGACGCGACUUUAAUUCAACCAAUCACUAUCGACAGAAGUGUUAUACAAGACUUAGAGAAAGAUCACAAUAUGGAAUUUUUCAUGGGGCGCGCUCUGAAAACACCAGAGCGUUAUAUGAAAAUUCGUAAUUACAUUCUCGACAUGUGGGAAAAAACUAAACCGAAUUUCCUUUUCAAAACAGCCGUGCGAAGCGGGCUUCGAAAUUGCGGCGAUGUUAACUCUAUUGGAAGGGUUCACGCAUUUUUAGAAGAUAUUGGGGCCAUAAACGAAGGUUGUUUCGAUAGACCAGUCCCCCGCGUCCGACAGCAAGACGAGACCACAGAUGCAAAGGUCAACGUUCAUAUGGAAUCUUGGGUAAAUUCACUCAGACCAAGAAGAAAGCGACAGAGGAAUGAAGAGGGAGACUGGAUCGACCCGAGUAAAGCUGAAGGGAUGACGAUACAGCACUUGUCUCCGGACGAAGAAGCUUCACCUAAUGGGUCCCUAAACGAAAAGGGCUCCCCGUCGGUCCCCAGGAAAAGGCCCUCUCGAAGCAAACCCUCUUACGAUCCAUUCUUACUGGUUCCCUGCCGGAAGUUUCCUUCGCAAAGUGCGGUGCCUUUCGACGUUCACAUCCAAUCAGAGACCUUGGUGGUCAUGGACACGCAUGCGCACAUGUCAACCACUGAGGUGAUUGGUCUACUUGGAGGACAUUACUCACAUGACUCGAGGGUAUUGAAGGUUUCCAAGGCGAUCCCUUGUCGUAGCUUAAGCACAGGACUUCAAUGUGAGAUGGACCCCGUAUCUCAAACGCAGGCCUCUGAAGACUUGGCACUCAGAGGAUUGGCUGUGGUGGGCUGGUACCACUCUCAUCCAACGUUCGCUCCCAUUCCUUCUGUGCGAGACAUAGAAACUCAAGCAAAAUUUCAGGAAUGGUUUGCUAAGGGCGGAGCACCUUUCAUUGGAAUAAUUGUCAGCCCGUACAAUUACAGCAAUCUGUCCAACCAAUCACAGAUAAGAUGCUUGACAAUCAGUGACGAGUGGGAGUCGGCUGGCCAGUAUAGAUUGCCGUAUCAGUUUGAUUACGAGGUGUUCAGAAACGAGGCUGAUGAAGAUGAAACGGUGGAACAAGUGAGAAACAUAGCAGACGACUACAGGAGAUAUCCAUUCCGUGUUCAACUCAAUAGACGAUUUGGUGUAUCUACAAACUUGGACCUGUUGGACAAGCUUUUAGACUCAUUACACGCCCGUAUAAGUGCUUCAUCCGAUGGCGCAAGAGACGCUUUCUUAACCAGGUUAAAGAACACGAUCUCGGAGAAUAUCAAAGCUCAUACGCCAAUUUCAGACAACCAGCCGACAAGAAGCACUCCAGACGACUCGUAAUGACCAAUAAGAGAAUUUUCAGAUCGUUCUAGCGCGGCAAGUACUAAGAAAACGUUCGUGCAUCUUGGCCAGUCCAUUUUGCGUAUUAAUUUGAAUAUGCAGUAAUUUGAAUAUAUCAACAAAGUUGAAAUGGUAAAUUGGCCACCGUUACGGUUAUAAAAGCUG